UGCACACCAAGGUGCAAUUGCUAGUUAAACAUCAAUUCGAAGACAAUUAAAUGGCCACAUGAUAUGCAAUAAUUUCGGGGAUUGAAAAGCGGCAAAUAGCUUUCGUGGCAGCCUCCCAUGUUGACCCGGACUGUUUGGUAAAUGAAUUGAAGUUUGGACCAAUUCAGAGGCUCAUUUAAAUGAUUAAAAAAUCCAUAUAGAAUCUUUUGAUUGGGCGCUUCAAAUUCUACCGUUUAGAUCCUCCUUCCCCACGCCGAAUAAUUGCUGCAAACGACGUAAGACGUGCGUCCAUUGCACCAACACGCUACCGAAUUCUCAAAAUUGAAUCUUUAGUUUUUUGGAUUGAACAAACAGUGCAGCAUUCCAUUGGCGGCACCUCCAGAUCUGAAUUGGGCAAAACUUCUUGCCCACUCAGAUUGCAGAAAAGCCCCUGAAUGAAUGGGCGAAUCGUCGCAAACUGUAAGAGAUGGCGACGAAUUUGAAUUAAACGGCACAACCAAUGUUCUGCAGAUCGAAUCAACAGACUCGAAAUCGAAGAAGCUGAAGCUCGUUCCCUUGAUAUUCCUCAUCUAUUUCGAAGUUUCAGGUGGUCCCUUCGGCGAGGAGCCGGCCGUGAAAGCGGCGGGACCUCUGUUAGCCUUGCUAGGGUUUAUAAUAUUCCCGUUUGUAUGGAGCAUACCAGAGGCUCUGGUAACGGCGGAGCUUGCGACGGCGUACCCGGGCAAUGGCGGGUACGUGGUGUGGGCAUGGGCGGCGUUUGGGCCGUUUUGGGGGUUUCUCAUGGGAUGGUGGAAAUGGGUGAGUGGCGUAAUCAAUAACGCCGCUUACCCUGCCCUCUGCGUCGAUUACCUCAAGAUCAUCUUCACGGCCUUUAGCGGCGGUCCCGUCAGAAGCGUAGCGAUCUUGCUAUACACAAUUGCCCUCAGCUACUUGAAUUUCAUGGGGCUUAGCAUAGUCGGCUGGACAGCCGUUACGCUAGGGUUAGUAUCAUUGACGCCCUUUGUAUUAAUGUUUUUCUUCUCCAUUCCCAAGCUGAAACCCUCACGGUGGGGGGUUUCGCCCAGGGGUCAAAUGGACUGGUCGCUUUUCUUCAAUACGCUCUUCUGGAACCUCAAUUUCUGGGACAAUGCCAGUACGCUAGCUGGUGAGGUGGAAAAUCCGCAGCGGACUUUCCCCAGGGCACUGUUCUGUGCCGGGGUUUUGGCCUGCCUAGGGUAUAUUUUGCCUCUAAUGGCGGCCACUGGAGCCCUGGAGUUGAAACGAGGGUUUUGGACCGACGGCUACCUGGCCGAUGCGGCGGGGCUGAUUGCGGGAUCGUGGCUGAAGUACUGGGUCGAGCUCGGUGCCGUUUUGUCGACGGUAGGGCUUUUUGAAGCUCAGCUGAGCAGCGCUUCAUUUCAGCUUCUGGGUAUGGCGGAAAUAGGUCUCCUUCCCUCCGCCAUGGCCAAGCGCUCCUCUUAUAACACGCCGUUCCUGGGGAUUUUGAUCUCGGGGGGCUCCACGCUCCUUUUAUCGUACUUGAGCUUUACCACAAUCAUCUCGGCCGCCAAUUUUCUUUACAGUUGCGGGAUGCUGCUGGAAUUCACGUCUUUCCUGUGGCUGAGGCGCAAAUCUCCGGACCUGAAGAGGCCUUACAGGGUUCCCGCGGGAAUACCUGGGCUGAUCUGCAUGUGUGCUGUGCCCGUUGCGUUUCUCAUCUUUGUCAUGACUUUGGCUGAUUUGGCUGUCUAUGUACUCAGCUUUUCUGUUACACUGGUGGGAGUUUUGGGCUAUUUUGUUAUGAAGGCCUGCAAGAAGAGGAAUUGGAUUGAUUUCGCUGAGAAAAUCGGGGAGAGUGGGAAUGAGAAUCGAACCGAUGACCAGACCGAGUUCGAUGGUCUCCUGCAUGCGGGCUCAAAGCCUUCACAUAGGUAGUGCCCCAAAUUGAAAACGUAUGCUCAAAUUGAUUUUUUUAGAGUGGUCUAUCAAUAAAAAUGUAUCAUUUUAAUGCUAAGUAUAAGAUCUUAAGGUCUAUUUUAUAA